AAUAGUUAUUCGAAAAUGAGACUAUUUCAAAAUAAGAUAUAGAUUACUAGACACAGUUUUCAAAAUGGCCGCAUCCACAGACUUUUAUCUUAGAUAUUAUGUUGGUCAUAAAGGAAAAUUUGGACACGAGUUCUUAGAGUUUGAAUUUAGACCAGAUGGCAAGCUGCGAUAUGCAAACAACUCCAACUACAAAAAUGACACUAUGAUCAGAAAAGAGGCUUUUGUACAUAAAUCAGUAAUGGAGGAACUGAAAAGAAUCAUUGAAGACUCAGAGAUCAUGCAAGAAGAUGACAGUGCAUGGCCUUCCCCAGACAGAGUUGGAAGACAAGAGCUGGAAAUAGUUAUAGGUGAUGAGCACAUCUCCUUCACUACCUCAAAAAUUGGCUCUUUACUUGAUGUGAAUCAGAGCAAGUUUGAAAAACACAUCUGACUGGUGAAACAUAAGCCUACUACAGCUGCAGUAGCAACACAUCACCUCUAUUUUAAACUAUAGUUAUCUAUCAUGGUACAUGGUAUUUGUAUUUUUAUGUUUUUUUAUUUGCAUUUAAAAACUACAACCUAAAAGAGCAGUAGAGAAAUUACUUUAUGCUUUAUUGUAUACAAUUUUUAUUGCAUGUUAUUUAUAUUCUUUAUAUUGUGUACAGCUGUAAAUAAGAAUUUUACUAUUCCCUCAUUGUUUAAAAUAUAUUCCAAAGUGCGAAACUUUUUAUAUUAAUUAAGUCUAUGCAUACUUAUAUGCUAAAGGGGUAAAUUGUGUUAUAGUAGUCCAGUCAAUUCAAAAUUGCUAUUAAUGAUUGCUUUAAAAUCUAUUUUGUCACUGGCCUGAGAAAUGUGACCCUAAUAGUGAUAAUUUGGCUUUCACAUCUGGAACCUAAUUUAAUUGCAAACAUUUUGGAGUUCUGUUCUGCUGACAAAGUUGAAGCUGGCUACCUUGUUAUGGGGAAAGCCCAUCAUUUUCUAAUACUGUAGCAUAACUGAUAUAGAAAUACUGCCUUAGGCAAUGGCCCACUUUGAGGGAGGAGGUGGUUGUUGGCUUGGGGUUAACAACUCUACCAAGUUCAUUUUAGUCUUCACUGUUGUAGUCCAUGAGUUUGUAUUAUUUGUUCCCUGUUUACUUUUUCUCUUUAUCUUAAGGAGUGUUUUCAUGAAAAUGCCACUCUUAAGA